UAAAGCCGGAAUGUUGACAUUUUGGCAAGAAGCCUCAUCUACUUUUACAGUGACCUUAUUGAUCUGUAAAAAUGCUGAUUUGUUCAGCAUCCACCGUAAGCAAUUCUAACGGCUGGAGAAGAAACGUUAUCUUUACACGAAAUGUCUUGCGUAUGCGUGCGCGUGAGCUGGACAGUCGCAUGGAAAAAGUGAAUCCGAGAAGACGUUUCCAUUGGAGUUCAGCUUAAAUAACCGAUAGACAAAGGGGAAACUACGGAAAAUUGAAGAGGGCAGAGCUUGUUGGACCCGAGGCGUAGCAUCUAUUUCCAGUGAUGUUGCUAAAUAGAGAGAGAGCGAGAAAGCAGGCACGAAGAGAGCCGCAGGGAGUAAAAAGGCAAUGCUGCUUUUCAUUUUUCAACAUGGAAUCUGCUAGAACAGUGAUGGAUUAAGGGGAUCAAAAUUGACAUUUUCACAGAUAAAACUGCCUUGUGGAGUAAUUGAGGCCUAUCUUGAUGAUCAAAUAAAAAUGGAGCCGAGAUGAAAAUGGGAUGCAUUUUAACUCCUACUGAAAGAAUGGGCAAGUCAAAACUAUUCAGGAUUUUUUUACUGCUGGGUUCUUUUUUCAUGAUUUUACUUAUUAUUAUUUACUGGGAUGAUGUUGCUUCCAAUCACAUUUUCCUCCAUAAUGUGAUAUCAGGAUCUCAGUCUUCACAUCUUCCUUCAAAUGUGCGAUCCUUUCAAAACCAAAAUGAAGAACCAGUUUACUCUGAGAAGCUGCCUUUUACAUCAGAUGUUGAAGACAUUCUCCACCAGAUUCUGGAGUUUACCACAAAGGGUAAUACAGUAUUAAAUGAGCAUAAAGACCAAAGAAUAACAAACAAAAAAAGUGUGACUGAAAGACUAGAAGAGAAUUUUAGAGGCUAUGAUUGGAAGUCUCGACACUCGACAAACUCCAAUAGAACACACUCACAGAUUGAAAGGAAACAACUUGUUAGUUAUACUUGCACCAGCUCCUCUCUGGAUUUUCCUGGAAAAAAUAGGACAUUUGAUGAUAUUCCAAAUAAGGAGCUAGAUCACUUGAUUGUUGAUGACCGACAUGGAAUCAUAUAUUGUUAUGUGCCUAAAGUUGCUUGCACAAAUUGGAAGCGUGUUAUGAUAGUGCUAGCUGAAAGCCUGGAAAACCAGGGUAUGCCAUAUCUAAACCCUUUAGAAAUCCCCAGGGAGCAUGUGCACGAUGUUAAUGCACACUUAACCUUCAGCAAAUUUUGGAGACGUUAUGGAAAAUUUUCUAAACAUCUAAUGAAUAUCAAACUUAAGAAAUACACAAAAUUUUUGUUUGUUCGAGACCCUUUUCUGAGGCUUAUUUCAGCCUACAGGAGCAAGUUUGCAAUAGAAAAUGAAGAGUUUUACAAGAGCUUUGCUGUGACGAUGCUUAAAAGAUUUACAAAUCAUACUGACCCUCCUAAAUCUGUGGUUGACGCUUUUGCGGCAGGGAUUAAGCCUUCAUUUUCAAAUUUUAUUCAGUAUUUAUUAGAUCCACAGACAGAGAAGCAUGUACCUUACAAUGAACACUGGCGCCAAAUGUAUAGACUUUGUCAUCCAUGCCAGAUAAAUUAUGACUUUGUGGGUAAGCUAGAAACUCUAGAUGAAGAUGCAGAAUUUUUAUUAAAACUGCUUAAAGUGGAUGAUCUUGUUCAGUUUCCUCCUAGCUUUCACAAUAAAACUGUGAGCAGUUGGGAGGAAGAAUGGUUUGCUAGCAUCCCAGUUGAAUGGAGACAACAACUGUACAAACUUUAUGAGGCAGAUUUUAAACUUUUUGGAUAUCCAAAGCCAGAGAAACUUUUACAAGAUUAAAAACUGCAAAGUAGUAUAAUGAAAAUGCCAUUUUGUGUAUUUUUAUUUUACUCUUAUUUGUGAUGAGUGUCAAUUGUUAAAAUUGGUGAGUGAGGGCGUUGGUUGUUCAUAGGUGAAUACACUGUGGUGGUUCUUAAUGAAAUCCUUGCACAUGACAAACUGCAAAUUUCUUGCAUUACCUUAAAUAUAUAUUUUUUAACUUGUACAAAAGGAUGUUCAUAUUUUUGCCUGCUUAUUAUCAAGGCUUAGAGAAUAUUGUUUAUAUUUUUAUUACUUUUUUCAGGUGUAUAAUUAAGGUAAAUGUGUUUAAAUCAGUAUAUAAUAUAAAUAUUGGUGUUAGGUGGAACACAUCAGUUUUUCAGAACAGUAAUCUUUUGUAUCUUCAGGGAUGCCACAAUAUUAAUUCAUUUUUGUUAAAUUUCAUUUGAAAGUUUUCAGUCAUCAUUGUUAAAUGAUGUAUGUUUUAUGUCUUAAUUAAAUUAAUAUAUGGGAAGUGACAGUCAGUCAUUGCUCUAUUGCCUGAUGGUUUUACUCCAUCUCACUUUUUCAUCCAAGUCAAAUUUCAGCCUUUUAAGGCCAUGAGAUAUUAUGUGACUUUUCCAGCAAUUUUCAGUUUUUGCCUUCAUUUACAUUAUCAUCAAGUCAGAGGUAGUCAUUGUUGUGCUCCUGUGACCAUCAGUCACGCAAUGUGACAUGCCCAGUGACUUAACUCGCUCUGGCAAAUCUAACAGGUGUUUUUUUUUUUUUUUUGUGUUUAGUUGUAGGGCAGGCUUACCUGCAUGUGGUAACUGACAACCAAUGAAGGUUCAUCUGGAAGUAUAAUGCAAAUAAUGUAACGAGAAAUAAGAAAAAUGGGUGUUUUUGAGCAUCAUAAACGCAAAAGAAGCAGGUCUGUUUGAUUUCUUCUGGUUUAUGUACUGCGACAAUGGAAAAAACAAAAGGGCAGAAAUUGCAGCUAAACUCUUGGUCGCUCUUAACCGUUCUUACAGCACCAGCUCUAUCAUACAGUCCAUUAUAGGCUGUCAGAAAAAGAGACUCGACUGUGCUAGAAUGUAUGCAUGUAUUUGCUAAAUUUACUUACCCAGCAUGUGGUAUUAACCCUCUGUCAUGUAAACUGACAUGGUUUAGUGAUGAGUUGAGCAACUACAGUUGGCAAGUCUGACCUAGACAGUGACUAGAAAUUACUUAAUUUGAUAUCUCAUUUAAAUACACUUGAUUUGUUUUACUUUAGCCCCACCCCCUCACUAUUUCGUUCAUGCCAGACAUUUUACAAAAUAGUACAAGUGCUUACAGUAUUUAUUUUUUCUUUUUAAACGAUUUAAGUGAAAGCAUAAGCAAAUUGUGUCUUUAAAUUCUCAACAGCAUUUUUUUUUUUUUUUUUUUAAUUUUGUUCAAAAGGAAUACUGGAAAUAAAGUCAUCAGACUCUGCUUCAUAAGGGGGGAAAAAAAUAGUACAAUACAGAAAUGCAACUGCUGGGAAUCAAUAGGAAGAAAAAUGUAACUGGCUUUAAAAAGAAGCUAUAGCCUGUUAAUUUAAACUUUUUUUUUCUCUUCAGUAUUUGGAAGUCCUAGCACAUUUAUUUGUAGUGCAAUAUAAUGUCUUAAUUGUCCUAUAAUUUGAAACUUAAAUAUGACCGUAUUUAUUUUGUAAAAUGAUGCAAUCGGUUUUUCAGGACAAGAUGGUUCAAAUUUCUCUGUGUUUCAUGAACAAUUGUGUAAUGAAAAUAAAAUUUAUUUAUUUUUUUUUUUAAUUUUAUACCAUUACUGUUUUAUUGCAAGUAUUAUGCCACAUGAAUUAGUGUUCUUGGGUUGG